AUUUCGGACAUUACUUAACUAUUUAAUAACUUACUUAAUUGAACUAUUCACCUAGAUUAGUUAUUUCCAAAUGUUUUGAAUAUAGCGUCAACAAGAGUUGUUGGUUAUUCUGCAGAAGUUUACGACACCGACUUUACAACUUGGGGCCAACAACUGGUACCUACCAACUUCCGGUUUGUGCUGUAAACACGUGUAGUUAUUGUGUUUUACUUCUAGUUCUAGGCAAUUUCUUUUCAUGACUUAACAACAUGUCUUCAGACGAUGAGAGUUUAGAUUCAGAUUCAGGAUUGCAAGCAGCUUUUUCUGCAGGAAAACUGAAACCCGGUCUGCUUGUCGAAGCUGAACCGCGAAAACAAUUUAUAAACAACAGAGAUGGCUUGUUGCAUUCGGUUGGCAUCCUAAGGCAGGAUCUCGAUUGGGUUGAACGAUUAGACUUGACCAACGAUCCGGCACCUGUGCACCGAGCCCAGAUAGAAGCUGAGGGUAAUGACGUCGACGAUGAUUUCAAAAGAGAAAUGAAAUUUUAUUGCCAGGCCCAAGCUGCGGUUCUUGAUGGAAUUCCCAGAUUGCAGAAGUUGGGAAUUGUCACCAAAAGACCAGAAGACUAUUUUGCUCAAAUGGCCAAAUCUGAUGAUCAGAUGAAAAAGGUUCGUGAAAAACUGCUGGAGAAAAAGAUUGGAAUGGAAAGGUCAGAGAAGGCAAAGAAGUUACGCGAGCUGAGAAAGUAUGGCAAGAAGGUCCAGCAUGAAACUUUAUUAAAAAGACAGAAGGAAAAGCGAGACAUGUUGGACACUGUAAAGAAAUAUAGGAAGGGACAUAUGGACAAACUUGAUGUAUUGGAAGAUGCAUUGGGUUACAAGCCCAAGGGACAAAAACAAUCGCAACAAAACCAGAACAUUCGAAAACAUGAACCUAACAAGAAAAGACAGUAUAAAAAUGAAAAGUUUGGGUUUGGUGGACAGAAGAAGAGAGCUAAGAAAAAUACUGCAAGAAGCAAUGCCGAUACAUCAGACUUCAGUGUUAACGUCCAUCAGAGGUUGCCAGGGAAAAAAAUAAAUAGUAAAAAGUCAUCAAAAGGCUCAUUCAACAAGAGACUUGGAAAAUCUAAACGUCAGAAAUUUAAAAAUAAAAAUAAAAAACAUUAAAUGUAUACACAGAACAAUUUAAAAAUCUCUCAUUGAAUUAAUACUUAAAUAAAUGUAUUGUAUGUAUGUGCAUUUAAGUUGUAAUUUUCACAUUUUAAUUUCAUUUUUAUACAUGUACUUCCUUUUUAAAUUAAACCAAAAGGCGUACAUGUAUAUGAGGAGUUUGGCUGUAUUUGAUAUGAAACAAGCCACAUUGUUCAAUAAAUUGCUCUUUGUACAAUAA